AGGCAGCGCGCGCUCACACGCAGCGUCACAGGCAGCCCUCGCGCUCACACAAACUCACGGCACAGUGACAGAAGCCGGGCACAACGCACAGAAAGCACAGGCAUUUGGACGAAUCGGGAUUUUAUUGAAGGGUUGACGUGUCACUUGAUGUAAGGGUGCAAAACUACGGGAUACGUGCACCGUUAAAGUGCGGGCCGCAGAGAUGUCCAGAUCCACUAAAUCUGCAUCACGGUCUCGGAGCCGCUCACGAACCCGCUCAAGAUCAAGGUCCACUUACUCCACAAGUCGCUCACGAUCUCGCUCUAGGAAGCACCGCUACAGUUCUCGGUCUAGGUCAAGAUCUAGGUCUCGGUCCAGAUCUCCUUCACAUAACCGGGACAAGAAAUACCCUCGUUCAUACCAGAACAAUCGUGAGAGUCGGGGGUACCACCGCGGCUUCAGGCGACCAUACAACUUCAGAGGUCGAGGUCGUGGACGUGGCUACUUCCAGCGGGGGCGCUAUCAGCGUGGAGGGGGUGGCUACAACAACAAUAAUAACAACAACCGUCACAACUGGAAAAACUACAAGAAACAGCCAAACAAGCAUUCACGGGGGCAAUUCCACAAUGGCCCAGGCAGUUCAAGAAGCUCUCCUCAUGGUCAGCCCAGAUCUGAUCGAUCAUGCUCACCUGUGUCCAGGCACUCACAGCACUCCCUGUGCUCAUCACACUCCUCACCUAAAUGCACACCUGCACUGUCAGCAGCAAACAAAAACUCCAAAAAUGUCCAGGAAGAACACUAUGGACAAAAUCCUAUUCGAGAAAGAGAGAGAAAUGGAGAAGCAGUGGAUCUGGCUGGAGUACUUGCUAUAGAAAACAAUUGUGAUGAAAAGAAUCAAGGAAACUGGAUCCCUUUAACAGAAGUUAGCAGCCCAAAGAGAACUAAUCUUUCAUCUACCUCUGGAAGUACUCCUGCACUAAGCACCCAGAUUACUACUAAUACCAUGAGCAAUGGGUCCCUCUUCUGGAAGAAUGUAUGCAGUGCACCAAUAACAAAGAAGACUUCCCCAGACAGUCUAAACCCUAUGCUCUCCAGCUUUGACAUCUUUUCUUCAGAGGAAUACUUGGAUGGAGAUAAAGCAGCACUCUCUGUUGCAUUCAGAAAAUUUUUGGAGGAGCAAAAUAAAAAUGCUAAAGGAUGGCAGAAUGGCACAGGCAGUGCGGUUGAUAUGGAAGAACCAAAAAUAAAUGGAAAAGAGUCUCCUGCUAAGAUUGACCUGGGGCCUGGUAAUCAAAAAGAGGAUGUCAGUGGUGAAAUGCCCUUAAAUAGCAUUCUGAAGGUUUCCUCAAGUCUUAAUGGAGAUGGUGGAGAUGACAAAAUGAUCAAAUCUCAUACAGAGCCUUUUCACAAUGAGUGGAUUCAUGAAAAUGAGCUCUCUGAAAUUAAGGGUAACAACACAGCCCUACAACUGUCUGAAGAGGGCAAACUGCAGAAUGCAGCCUGUGUCGUCAACACUGGCCUUGACACUGCAAUUGAGGACCCAUGUGUCAGACAAAACCAGGAAAAAAGUGCAAUUUUUGCUUCUGCGUUUGCUAAAAGGGAGCCUUUUCACAUAUCUGAAGACUCUUCUCCCGAGAGAGGUUGUAAAUCCAGAAUGAUGGCUAAAACGUCUCCCACCCUCUUUCCUAUAACUUCACAAAAGAGGAGCAGAGAAAUGCUCAUGCCCACUGACGAGGACCUUAAAGUUCUGCCACGAAAAAAGGAGGCUACAUUUAAUGUUAGGUUGGAUUUCCCUGCUGAUAAUCUCCUGUGUUCUUCUGAUAUUUUAGCAAAAGAACGUCAGUUGUCUCAGGAUCUUGUGCAGUCAUCCAAAAAAGAUACAGAGUUUCGCUCCAUCUUUCAACACGUUCAGGCCGCUCAGGUACAAAGAAGUUCCUCUGAGCAGUUUGCCCAACAUAUUGUCACCAUUGUUCAUCAUAUAAAAGCUCAGCACUUUACCUCAUCUGGACUGACCCUAAAUGAGAGGUUCACCAUGUACCAAAGGCAAGCAGCAGAGAGGGAAAUGAUAAAACCAAGAAAAAGUCCCGAAAUACACAGGAGACUUGAGGUUUCACCGAGUGCAUUCAAGAAGCACUGUCAGAUUUUUGAGGCAAUCAAAAGAGCAGAAGGCGGCACUUACAAGGAUAUUGAAGAAAAAAGUAAGGGAGACCCACUGGACCUCCGUGGGGAUAUUGAACAACGCAAAAAUCAUCAUAGCCAUGAUCCAGAUGUGCCAAGUGCGGAUCGUCCUGAAUCUAGUGCGGGAAAGACUACUGUAAUGUUUUCCAAGUGCCUAAAGAAAUCUCUAAAUAGCAAGAAAACUCGUUCCCGUUCUUCUAGUUCAUCAUCAUCUUCUUCAUCAUCAUCUUCUGAGAAAAAACAAGAUGAUAUGUCCCCUGUGAAGUCCGAACAGGGGUCAAAUAGAGUGAAACUAGAUGCAAAGGAAACCUUAUGUGCCAGGUCAUAUGAAGCAUUUCACAUUCAGAUCCGUGGACGAAGCUGGAACAGAGGCAGUUCUCGGUGUAAUUCAACUCUGUCAGCAAAAAAUGAUGACUGGGACCCAGAGUACACCCCAAAAAGCAAGAAAUACUAUUUACAUGAUGACAGAGAUGGUGAUACCGAAUGCAGGUGGCCAGAAGCAAGAGGUCGAGGGCGGAUAAACUCUGUGCGUGGAAGAGCUCGAUUCAUCAUUCGCAGGGCCAACAGCAGUGCCAACAGCAGUGCCAACAGCAGUGCCAACAGCAGUGCCAACUACGAUGGCUCCAAACGGGCCCAGGUCAAUAGGGAACAAACGGGCAUCGAACAGAACCACAAAGGGGGCACUGAACGGAGAUGAACUUUGAGCUGCAAAUCUAAGCACUGUACGCCUCAAGGUUUCUUACUUUUUUUUUUUUGUACAUUUUUGGUUGGCCUUUUUAUAGGCCUGUCACGAUAAUUACUAUAUCAACUUAUCAUUCAGUUAUUUCUUGUAGCUUGUUUUUCAACUUUAUCGUAGAUUUAGAACAGUCUUGGUCGUAUAAAUUUGCUGGGUUAUUGUGUCUGUGGCAUAAAUUUGUUUCAAUAUUAUGGUUCAUCGUCUAUAUUUACUUCAGCAAUAUAUCGCACUUCAAAAUUUGUUAUCGUGACAGGCCUAGUUUUGAACUGGUUUCCAUAAAGCAUUGUAAUUUGUGGUGUGAAGCACUGGUUAAGUGGAAGUUUGAAUGCAAUUUUCAAUUAUUUAGAGGCAGGACUUUCAAUAAUUACUUAAUAAUAAAGUCGACGGUUGAUAAGUCAUAUCCUUUAUGACUGUUUUUGUGUGACGUGUCAAGCUAGGGGACCAAACGGUGUAAAAAAACAACAAUGCCAGCACAAAUGUAAGUGCAAUGUUUUUAGGAAGGUUAACUUUUGUUGUUGUAGAGUAAUGUGUGAAAAUAGAUUACAAGAAUUAUCUAGCACAAUGCCUUUAGAUCUGGGCGCACUUGAUCUUGAUUGUAAAUACAGUUUCUAAUGGAUCUAAUUAGAAUCAAUCUGGACUAAUUAAUACCAACUUGUGGGAUGCUUCUCUUUGCUUGGUUCUAUCUACCUAAAUGCUUUAAAGUAGUUUGUAUUAAUGCCUUCAACAGUGAUUGUUUCAGAUAUUGUGUGUGUGUAUAGAUUGAGGCUUGUUAUCUAAAUUGAAAUGUAUAUAAAUGUGAAAUAAAAACUUUUAAAAGUUGU